CUUGAAAUGGUUUCUGCAAUUGCUCACCUUGAGCGCGAGUACCUAGUAUCUAUCUAUUGUACAUUUAAUUAGUUGACAAAACAGUUUUUUGUUCUCUUAUUUCCAAUUCUAUAUUGCUUUAGUAAAAUUCUGUGUGUUGGCUAGCUCUUCUCUUUAUUUACUAUUAAAACGGCGUUUCUAAAAAAGGUGCAAAUAUGGAUUAUCGAUAUUUUUUGAUUGCUUUUAUUUUGAAUGUCAAUCCUAUUCUAUCGGAUAAUGGUGAUGGCACUUUUGUUACGCAGACUGUAUAUGGAUUUUUGGAUUUCACAACAACAAUAGGCAACACAGUUAUGGUGUUUUCACCACAAAGUGCUCCACCAAUUGAGAAAAUUGAUAUACCCACGAAUAUAAUUGAAACGAAGCCAUUCGUUGAAAAGCCAUCGGAAGACGAAAGUAUUAAGCCUACCAAAUCAACGAACUCCGUUAAGUUACCGACUAGCAAACCUUUGGAGAAAAAGAACUUAAAAUCUAAUAUUGUUGAGGCUCAAAAGAACACAAAAGAAAACAACAAUAAUAGUAAUAGCAAAGUAACAAUAAGUAACUCGGUAGUUGUCGCUGCACAGGCUCCAGCUGAGCCUGUCGAUGAGCCGCCAACUCUACAAAUCGAAAACAAUGUCUAUGAAUAUGAUUUGCUCUCACGCCAACCAGCCGAAUAUGCGGAAGAAACGUAUCGCGUUAUUAACAACAAGGCUUCAGACAAACCACGAAAUAGACUCAAUCAGCGGCGAACUUACGACAUUUCCUCCGCAGCUAGUGUAACACAUGAAACAACAACGAGCAGAUUGAAGUCCAGUCAGGCGCCAGAUAACAAGCCACACUCGCCUACUGGUCCCAAAGGCAAGAAACCGAAAAUAAGAUCAACCGCACCACUGCGUAUCCUAAAGACUACAACGCCUACUUUACACAAACCUGGUAAUAGUCCACAGGAACAAAAGAGUAAUCGUCUAUCCGGUUCGAAUAGACAGAAUGGCAAAGGCAAUCGUAGCAAUGGAAACGAAAAAGAGCACGUGUCUAUAACUGAAUCAGUGGUUGAAUCGUCACAAGUUAAUCAUGGUCAUAAAAAGAGUUCGCCACGUAGUAAACCCAAACGGAAGAGCAAGAACAACAGAUCAUCAGCUGCGCACAAAAGUAGUGCGGUAAUUUUGGCAUCGUCUGCCGAACCGACACGCAAAACCUUCCGCUCCAAAGUGAGACCCUCAAAUGUGGAAGCUCAAGCUUCGACGAGUGUAUAUAUGUUCAAGUUGAACCGUACGCCUGGUCGUUGGCAGUACACAACAACACCAAAACCGAGAGUGUCAAUACGCAAGAAUGCGGAGGGCAAUACCACCAAGACUGUGGACCCUUUUGCCGGCAAUCCCAACCUAAAUAUAAUAUCGGAAAAUGGUGAUUUGGAAUCGUCUGGCUCGCAAAAUGGUGCUGUUGUAAAUAAUAUUGAUCAAGGUGGUAAUUAUCAGCACCUUGUGGAAACUUUGAAUGUGGAAAUAUCAACGCCAGCAGAUUUUAAGGAUACCUACUAUGAGUUGGCUACCAUCAAAACACCCUACGCUUUUCAGGUUGGUGGUUUAAAGAAAACCCGCUUCAUUACCGUCACCUCAACCAUAGAAAAAACACUGACGCCCGACCCAACUGAAGUACAAAUACCAGAUGGACCUCUAACCGAAAACAUUUUGGCAACGUCAACGCGGGAGCCGAACUUCCUCCGCGAUUCCGGCGUCACAACUCUCAAAGCAUUACACAUUUCAGAGAAUGCAGAAACGCCAAGUUUAGAAACUGUGGUGGAUUCGUUUAGUACCACUUUAAAGAAAUUACGCACUCAAGUUUUACCCAUUGUCUAUGAUAUCAACAAUGAAACAUCGUACGUCACACUCACACAAACUUACGACAUCACAAGCCUUAUAACCGUGACGAAAACUCUGUCGCCCUUGGAAACGGAUAUACCGCUCAGGAGUUUUACCGAUUUUGGUGCUAAUCUAGAUGAGGCUGGUUCAGAAAUAAACCUAGAAUUGGAAUUUGGCGAUGAGGAUAAUGCAGACAAUUCUAAAGAUGAUAAGCCAUAUCGCGCCAAACUCUCAGACAUUGCUGAUCUCUUCGGCAAGUCAUCGAAUCUUACCGCCGAGGAAAUUCAAAGAUUAGCGCUGUGGAAAUUGCAAAAUGGUUCACAACAAUUCUCUUCACUCAAUGUGCCCAGCAUACCGCAAUUCACGCCAGAGAGCACACUACCAUUCCCCUCGAUUGCGCCCUCUAUAAAUCCAUUCUUACUGCCAUUGCAGCAAUUCCAAACGAUAACCUCCAGUAUUGUGCAUGAAACUAUUGCGACUCAAACCAAUAGUAAAGUUUUAAAAUUAACCUUCGGUGCACGAACGGCCUACACGACGAUUUUCUCUAGUGAAGUAGUGCCGACACGUGCCACCAGUUACAUCAUCACAUCCAUUCCCGUUCAGCCGACACCACCAGCAUUCCCCGGCUACUUUCCACCACCGUACCCACAAUAUUAUCUCGGAUAAGUUUAGAAAUACAAAUAGCAGUGGCACUCAGGUGCCCGCUUUUAUUUUUGUAUGUAUGUAUAUAGUGUUAGCAUCAUUCUUUUGUUUUCAUUUGGUCCUCUAUAAAAAUCCUAAUAGAUAUUCGUCCAUUUAUACCUUCACAAACAAAUCGAAUUUAGAAAC